AUGGCAGUGUUCUCUGGCUCUUCACAGCUACCUUCCAGAGCCCGCUCCUCGCGGCUGACAAAGCAGCGGCAUUAUGUCUAUGUACUGGUUUUGAAUAUGGGAAAUCUGCCAGGACACUGUGGCUCUGGGAUUAAACGUCUCUCAUUUGAAAAGAGACUUCCAUGGGCAGAGGUUUUUAUUUUCUCAAGUCACCCAUUUAUCAUCCGGACCAAGGCUAUUUACAUAAACUGCGGGCUCAAGUUGAGCGUCUCAGGAUCGCAGUGGGCACCUUUGCUUGCUGUUCAGGACUCCAAGCCGGAGGACUUCCAACGAGUUAUCAAUGUGAAUCUCAUAGGAACCUUCAAUGUGAUCCGCCUUGUGGCUGGUGAGAUGGGCCAGAAUGAACCAGACCAGGAAGGCCAACGUGGGAUCAUCAUUAACACCGCCAGCGUGGCUGCUUAUGAGGGCCAGGUUGGACAAGCUGCAUACUCUGCUUCCAAGGGGGGCAUAGUGGGCAUGACACUGCCCAUUGCUCGGGAUUUGGCUCCCAUGGGCAUCCGGGUGAUAACCAUUGCUCCAGGUCUGUUUGGCACCCCACUGCUGACCAGCCUCCCAGAGAAAGUGCGCAACUUCCUGGCCAGCCAGGUGCCCUUCCCCAGCCGACUGGGCCACCCUGCUGAGUAUGCUCAUCUGGUACAGUCCAUCAUCGAGAACCCAUUCAUCAAUGGAGAGGUCAUCCGGCUGGAUGGGGCCAUCCGCAUGCAGCCUUGAAGGGAGGGGGCAGACGAAACACACUCUCUUCCACCCGUCCUUCCCCUGGCAUACUAUACUCCAGCUUGGGAGGAAGCCUGGUAGCCAUUUUGUAACUCUGCCCACUAAUCACCUUCUGUGCCUAAUAAAGUCUAUUUCUUACAGGAAAAAAAAAA